UGGCGAUCGUCUCCUGUCAGUCCAUCGUGUUGUGUCAUAAACAGUCAUAAAACAUUACAAAUCUGGCGACGAGGAUAAAACUAACGAAAACAGAAAUACAGGAAGUUUAUGUGAGUAUUCGCAGAUAACUAUUGGAAACAUGCCGCAGAUAGGCCAAAUAAAUACGUUCGACAAUGAAACAGAAGAUUGGCCGGCGUAUGCGGAACGGCUAGAGGCGUACCUAGAGGCAAACUCGGUACACGACAAUAGGAAAGUAGCUACAUUGCUGACGGUGAUAGGGCCUAAGGCAUAUGCACUACUCAAUGAUCUAUGCUCACCGGCACUGCCGAAAAUUAAAGCAUAUGAUGAAUUAACGAAGAUGUUAGACGAACACUUUAAUCUUAAGCCACUAGUUAUUGCAAAAAGGUAUAGGUUUCAUAAACGGGAUCAAAAGCAAUCCGAAAGUAUCCAGGAAUAUUUGGCCGAAUUAAGAAAAUUAACAAAAUAUUGCAAAUUCGGAAAUAAUUUAGAGGACAGUUUAAGAGACAGAUUGGUGUGUGGCAUCACCACGACAGCCAUUCAAAAGAAAUUGUUGGCUGAGGCGGACCUAACUCUACAAAAAGCAAUUGAAAUAGCUAUUGCCAUGGAGACGGCGAGUAAAGAAGCCGAAGAGUUAAAACACAAGCAAAUAACGGCACACUAUGUUAGGCCGACAAGGAAACAGCUAGGUGGUAAAAAACCUACCGCCAAAAUACAAAACCAGUGUUACAGAUGCAACAGGACAGGACAUUUUCCUGAUAAAUGUUAUCACUUGAAUACCGAUUGCAGAUUUUGUGGUAAGAAAGGCCACAUAGAAGUAGCAUGCAGAGCCAAAAAUGCUGCUAAGGCUAGCACAAGAGCAACACCCAGACAAGAUUCAAAACCAAGGGCUACCAGAAAAAUUCACACGGUAGUAGAAUCUGACAGUGAAGGUGAUGACGUACUAUUAUUAAGGUUGGAAGGGUGAACAAGCUUUCAACACAUGACAAACCAAUAUGGAUAAAUCCAUUAAUUAACAAGGUGGAAGUGCCAAUGGAAGUGGAUACUGGAUCUGGUCUAUCAAUAAUGUCAACAAAGGACUGGAAGAAAUAUUUCCCAACAUCAGAAUUUUGCAACCAUGUAAACAAGGAUUUAAAACCUAUUUUGGUAACCACGCGGAAGCAAAAGGUCAUCUAGAUGUUGACAUAACAUACAAUGGUCAACAGUAUAAGAGCAAGUUGUACAUCGUAGAUAAUGGUGGACCCCCAUUAUUUGGAAGAGAAUGGUUAAAGGGAAUACGACUACCAUGGAAAGACUUAUUUCACUUCAACAAAUGUAUGACGACUAC